AUGGAUAAGAAAUCAGUAUUUAGCAUUUUUAAUAUAAAAAAAAGUGUAUCAAGUACUCCUACUGAAAAAGAUAUCAAAGAAAACAAUGAUGGUAUUCUACAGUCAUCGUCCAGAGUUGUUGAUUCAUUUGGAUCUGGAAGCGUUACAACGUUACUAGAAGAAAAUGCAAAUCUACUAUCAAACUCACAGACCUGCACAGAUCCACAAAUUAAUAGUUUUCAGUCAAAUACCAGGGUAAAUGAUUUAGGUGAUAUCGAUUCAGGUCCUGCUAAACCUAUAUUAGAAAAAUACCCUCAGACACAAUUUGGUUCACAAAAAAGAGGUUUUUCUCCUACAGUAUAUACUUGUUUUGAUUGGAUAGAGUAUAGUGUGGUUGAGGACGCUAUAUUUUGCUAUCCUUGUAGAAUUUUCGGGUCUAGAACUGUAGCUAACAUGGAAUUUUCAACUAAAGGAUUUAGAAAUUGCAAAAAAAUUUUUGGCUCUAGAGGAAUAGGAUUGAAAUAUACUAAAUCAAAGUUGGAGUUGCAUUCUAGUUGUCAGUACCAUUUGACUUGUAUGACAAGGUGGCAUGCACAUAUCCAAUCUAAAACUACUGGUUCUGUUCAUACAUUAGUUACAAAUGCACACCGUGAUAAAAUAUUAGAAAAUAGAGAUUACAUGCUAACAUUAAUUGAUAUCAUAUUAUUUUUGGCACAUCAAGGAGUAGCAUUUAGAGGUCAUAUUGAAAAUGAAACAUCUUUGAAUCAAGGUAACUUAAAAGAAGCAUGCAAACUAAUGGCAAAGUAUAAUCCAACUUUUGCUUUAAAUUAUGCUAAACCAACAAAUCAUACAAGUUGGUUAAUACAAAAUGAAAUCAUUGAGAUAUGCGCUAAACAUGUAAGGAAUACUAUUGUUGAAGAUAUAAUAAGUGCUGGAAUGUAUAGCGUUUCGUGUGAUGAAGCUCGAUGCCACAAGGAAGAACAGUUAGCUGUGUGUGUUCGUUACCCAAAAAACCUUAAAGUAGAGGAACGAUUUGUUGGAUUUUUAGAUGUAUCUCAAAGUCAAAAUGCUGACAGUCAAUCAUAUGACGGUGCUAGCGUGAUGUCGGGUCAUACUGGUGGAGUUCAGGCUAAGCUUAAAGAAAUACGUCCUCAAGCUAUUUAUGUACACUGUAUGGCACACAAAUUAAACCUUGUGGUCAUUGAUAUGUGUAAACAUUUAAAGGACGCACGGAAUUUAUUUAAUGGCUUGGAAGCGUUGUCUGUUCAUUUUAGUCAACCUACGAAAAAUAAAAAAAUGACUGACAUUCAAGAAAAUCUAGGAGUUAACCCUUAA